AUGAAUUCUGUCAGAGAGCUUAUGCGUAAGGAGAGACUGCGGCGACAGCAGCAGAGAGAAGCCGCAGAAGCAGCAAAGAAAGCAGCAGCAGCAAAGGCAGCAGCAGAAGCAAAGGCAGCAGCAGCAGCAAAAGCAGCAGCAGAAGCAGAAGCAGCAGCAGCAGCAGCAGCAACAAGAACAAAGACUCCAGUUGCUGCAGACUCACUCAUUCUAGAAGGAUAUAACAGCGAGGAAGAUGAGCAAAAAGACGAAGCAAAAUAUAUUAAAACAAAUACAACAAAAACAACGCCUGAGGGGCUUCCAGACGAUUUCUUUGAUGACCCAGAAGAAGCAGCAAGAGCAGCAGACGAAGAAGGAAGCCAAGCAGCAGCAGCAGCAGCAGCAGCAGGAGCACCAGCAGAGCAAGCAGAUGCAGCAGCAGCACCAGCGGAGCAAGCAGAUGCAGCAGCAGCAGCAGCAGCAGAUGAAGAUGACGAAGAAAAUGUGCUGGACUAUGAAAUCGAAGAGCCUGAUGAAGCGCUGCUGCAGCCGCAGGUCUCCGAUGUUACAGCAGAAGAAGAUAUAAGCAGCAACGGAGCUGCCAAGACAGCUGAAACACCAGCAGCAGCAGCAGGAGCAGCAGCAGGAGGAGCAGCAGGAGCAGCAGCAACAUCGGGAGAUGCUUCUGAGAAGCAGGAAAAGACUAAAGGAACAGCAGCAGCAGCAGCAGCAGCAGCAGCAGCAGAUGGAGAAGAUGCAGCAGCAACUUCAUUUGUUUUGAGCAGCAUUGAACUCACAACAGCCAUCGACGAAGCACACUGCGAAGUGCUGGUAGAAGAAGAGCGGAUCCAGCAGCAGGAGCGGCGGGCUCAGGAGGUGGCGAAGCUGCGUAGUGAAGCAGCAGCAGCAACAGCAGCAGCAGCAGCAGCAGCGGCUGCUGCUGCUGCAGGUAAACGGAAACGAAAGGCUCAGCAGCAGCAGCAGCUUGAGCAGCAGCAGCAGCAGCAGCAGCAGAAUGAGUUGCCUUGGGGUUUCUUUGAUGAUUUCGAUAAAGAUGCAGCAGCAAGAGGCGAGCUGGGGCCGUCGGAGCUGCAGCGGCAGCAGCAGCAGCUAAAUGCAAAGAAGCGACAACUUGUUGAAGAUAUAAAAGAAGGACGACAAGAAAUCGCGCAAGAAAAGAAAGAUAUAAGGGCCUUUGUUAAUCAGGUUGUGCAGCUGCAGGCGGAGCAGCAGCAAAUGGAGAAGCAGCUGCGCACGCUGAAGCAAAAAGCAGAAGAAUUCAGACAGCAGCAGCAGCAGCAGAAGCAACAACAGCAGCAGCAGCAGCAGCAGCAGAUGCCAGAGCGAUGCAAAGUAGAACCGCAGGAUCCAGACGACUCAAAGAAAUAUGCUGCUGCUGCUGCUGCUGCAGCCAUUAAGGAGGAGAAGCAGCAGCAGCAAAGAGAAGCAGCCGCAGCAGCAGCAGCAGCCGUUAAGGAUGAGAAGCAGCAGCAGCAAAUAGAAGCAGCAGCAGCAGAAGCAGAGAUAAGCGAAGGAGACUCCGAUGCUGACGAUGAUAUGACGUGGCGUAGCAAAUGCCUUACAUGA